AUGGCUUGGAGGAGUACAGGGACGUCAAACGAGGAGCUGGUGGAGAACAUGUGGAGGAACAAGCUGAUGACCGAUUCUCGUGUUAAGAGCGUCUUUCUCAAGGUGGACCGGGCCCAUUAUGCCCCAGCCAAGGCGUAUGUAGAUGCGCCGCAAACGAUCGGCUACGGCGCGACCAUCUCAGCCCCUCACAUGCACGCCACAGCCAUCGAAAAUCUAGUCGAAUAUAUCGUACCGAAGCCGGAUCGCCCCGCCCCACGUGUGUUAGAUGUAGGUUCAGGAUCGGGAUAUCUAACCCACCUAAUGGCGGAGCUCGUCGGCGAGAAGGGCCUCGUUAUCGGGGUCAAGUUUACUGUCGGUGACGGACGGAAAGGUUGGGUUGAGCCGCCUAGGGAGGGCGAGGAUGAGGGAGGCCAAGGUUGGGACGCAAUUCACGUCGGCGCGUCGGCGAAGGAGGUCCAUGCCGAACUCCUGGCGCAGCUCAAGUCUCCAGGAAGGAUGUUCAUCCCGGUGGAUGAUGACAGCGACGGGUGGAACCAGCACGUCUGGAAUAUCGACAAGGAUAAGGAUGGCAACGUCACGAAGCAUAAGCUGUUCGGGGUGCGCUAUGUGCCUUUAACGGAUGCGCCAAAAGAUCGGUGA